AUAAGCUAGAACGAGAUUCUCCGGGGCGAAUCCUUCCCGACGUCACUCCUGGUGCCCCAUAAAUAGAGCGGGCAGGACUCCUCUCUGCACUCAAACUCAAAACACAUAAUUUCUUCAGCGCGUGAACGACAACAGAGGAUUAAAAAUAAGCGAGUCCAUUCGGUUCCUGGAUAUUUGAACAGGACUAGUAUUACUCCUACUACCAGAAGCCACAUCACCUUUGAGCAGACCAUGACUUUGAACAAGGGAGAUAAACUGCGGAACAUGGAGAGGAGGCGAGGCAGCGUUCCCUUCCCAAUGCAUCUUCCCAACCUGCACCGGCGCAGCAUGCCCGUGGACGACCGCGACCUGCGCGCCUCAUUGCCUCCGAGUCAGGUGGACGAGCUGUCUAACCUGCUGCGCUGUACCUCCUCCUAUUCCUCCCCUGGAGAGCCACUACGGGACAGCUGCGUGUCCGACUCCUCCGACUCGGUAAUCUCGUCCGGCAGCGACGCCGAGAACCAGCUGUAUAAGGUGGUCCUGUUGGGGGAACACGGCGUGGGCAAGUCCAGCCUCGCGCGCAUCUUCGGCGGUGUGGAGGAGGCUCACGACUCUGAGGAAACAGGAAACACCUAUGACAGAUCGGUGAUGGUUGAUGAGGAGGAGGCGUCCAUUUUGUUGUACGACGUUUGGGAACAGGACAACAGUCCCUGGCUGAAAGAGCAGUGCAUGAAAAUGGGAGACGCCUACAUCAUCGUCUACUCCGUGACGGACAAGUCAAGCUUCGAGAAGGCGUCGGAGCUGCGUAUACAGCUGCGCCGGGCCCGUCAGUCGGAAAACAUACCCAUAAUCCUUGUCGGCAACAAGAGCGACCUGGUUCGAUCCAGAGAGGUGUCUAAAGAUGAGGGCAGCGCUUGCGCCGUGGUCUUCGACUGCAAGUUCAUCGAGACGUCGGCGUCGCUGCACCACAACGUGCUGGACCUGUUCCAGGGCAUCGUGCGGCAGGUCCGCCUGCGACGCGACACCAAGGAGGAGAACGCGCGGCGCAUGGCCAACUGCAAGCGGCGCGAGAGCAUCAGCAAGAAGGCCAAGCGCUUCCUCGGCCGCAUGGUCGCUCGCAAGAACAAGAAGAUGGCCUUCAGACAGAAGUCAAAGUCCUGUCACGAUCUCUCUGUGCUUUGAGGGGAAGGGGAUGCAGGACUCGCCCCCCCCCCCACCUGCUGAAGACCAGAAGCUGUGUGUGUGUGUGUGUGUGUGUGUGUGUUUUAACACUAACACUUAAAGGACUAGUAUCGUUGUACAGAAAUGCAAUAUAUUUUUUAUUUUUAUUAGAAACUAAACACAAGAGCCAACAGAGGACUUGUGGGACUGAGAAUAUUCAGGCCGCGCCAAGUGGAAUAAUACGCAUGUUGUUGAUUUUUAUUUAUUAUUAUUAUUGUUAUUAUUAUGAUGAUUAUUUCAAGACAAUUAUUUUAUUCUGUGUCUGCCUUAAAAGAUUUUCUGCCAUCAUAUGGUCCUUUUUUUUCUCAUGGUCUGGUAGGAUUACCUGGUAGGAAAGUGUGUGUAUAUAAACGGUAUUCUGACAGACUGUGUAAGGAAAACAUACAAGUCAUGGUGUUGUCCAAGGCACACUGUGCCAGAUCUCAAACUUGGAUUUCUGGAGUCCGUUCUACUUGAUGAGUGGUACGCAGGUUCGUACCCGGCCCAAGUCAGGAUUAGAGAGAAGUUGUGUUUGUGUUUUUUAAAGAUUGACAUGACAUGAAUAAUAACAGCAAUAAACAGAUGUUGGUUGUUUGAAGCAUACGGUUACUAUGAAAUUAUUGUUUACAUUUGUUUCUUUUGCAAUAAAAGGUAAUUAUUACUA